AUGAAGCAGUAUAUUGCAGUUCUCGAUAAGAAGCUGGAUGAAGGACGAACUGACGGGCAGGGAUGGUUCCGAUUAUCAGGAUCUAAACGCGAAAUCACCACCAUUGACCCGAAGGUCAACAUCUACCACAAGUGCGGCUACAGAGGGAUGCAUCCGGUUUUCAUCCUCAUCCUUACUCUUUUGCCGCUUUGCCACAGCCUUUUUGGCAUCGGUAGAAUGCAGUCAGUAGCAGUUAUGGGCACCCUUCAGUGUAAUGGAGUUCCAGCAUCAAACGUCAAAGUGAAAUUGUACGAGAAGGAAGUCUGUGAGUUGUCUUAUUUGAUUAUGAUUGUCAUGAUGGGACAGGACACCGUACAGAAGGAGAACACAGCGUUGCGAGGGAGGCGAAACACGACGAGGGCGCUCGGUACGAAUUCCACAUAUGGUACGACGUGA